AUGUUGAAAACAUUCAUGACUCAAGUCAACCAAAAGUUUGAUUCCAUGGCCACCCAUAAUAAAAUGCUUGAAACACAAAUUGCGCAAUUGUCAUCCUCUAAUGCUACAAGUGUUCCCGGUUCUUUACCUCCUCAAGGGGUAAGUCUCAGUGAGACCCAUCAAGCUAAUGCUAUUGUGACAAGAAGUGGGAAAAACCUUGUGAAUUCAACUACUAAGAGUCCAACUCAAGGAGAGAGUGAGCCCGUUAAUGAGAGUGAGCCUAUUUUUGAUACCACCAUAGAUGAGGAAGAGGUUGUGGUGAGUGAGCCAAUGGUUGUUGAAGUUCCAAAGAGAGUGGUCCCUCCUUACAAGCCCAAAUUGCCUUUCCCAUCUCAUUUUGCCGGAGCUAACCUUGAUGAUCAAUUUGCAAAAUUCCAAGAAGUCCUCAAGAACCUCUUUGUGAACGUUCCUUUUGCCGAAGCCCUUAGGCAAAUGCCUACAUAUGCCAAGUUUUUGAAGGAGAUCCUAACCAAGAAGAGGGUUGUGGAUGUGGUUGAGACCAUUAGCCUACCCGAAAUUUGUAGUGCCAUUAACCAAAACAAGUUGCCCACCAAAUUGAAAGAUCCCGGGAGUUUUUCCAUCCCUUGUGCAAUUGGGGAACUUGUCAUAGAUAAAGCCCUAUGUGACUUGGGAGCAAGUGUGAGUGUAAUGCCAUUCUCUAUUUUUCAAAGGUUCAAUGUGGGAGAGUUGAAGCCUACCCAAGUGUCCCUCCAAUUAGCCGACCGUUCGGUGAAGCUUCCAUUGGGAAAGGUAGAGGAUGUGCCUAUGAGGAUCGGGAAGUUCUUUAUUCCCGUAGAUUUUGUGGUCUUAGAAAUGGAGGAGGACCCUAAUGUCCCAAUCAUCUUAGGAAGACCUUUUCUUUCCAUCGCGGGAGCAAUCAUAGAUGUGAGAGGUGGUAGACUAUCCCUUAGUGUGGGGGAUGAGAAAAUUGAGUUUCAAAUUAACCAAAUCAUGAGAUGCCCCUCCCAUAUGGAUGAUUGUAAAAGGAUUGAUAUCCUUGAUGAGAUUGUCAAUGAGUCUAUGAGCAUGCAUAUGCAUUCUACUAACGAUGUUCUUGAGUAUGUUCUUGUGCAUGAUCCCAAUGAAUGCAAUGCCACCAUGGAGACUAAAGAGAUGCUUUUAUCUAUGGAUUGUGAAGAACCCUUGGUGUCCGUUGAGACCACCAAGGAGGUAAGCAAGCUUGAACUCAAACCCCUCCCCUCUAAUCUAAAAUAUGCUUACCUUGAUGAUGCAAGUCCGAUAAUUGUCAAUGCUAAACUCAACGAUGAAGAGCUUUCCAAACUCUUGAAUGUUUUGAGAAAAUAUAAAAAGGCCAUUGGGUAUAGCAUUGGUUAUUUGAAAGGGAUUAGCCCGGAUUUUUGCAUGCAUCGAAUUGUUCUUGAAGAAGGUCAUAAACCUUCUAUUGAGCCUCAAAGGAGAUUGAAUCCCAAUAUGAGGGCAGGGGUAUGGGAAGGAAGUGGUAAAACUAUUGGAUGCGGGAAUCAUUUAUCCAAUUUCGAAUAG